UUGGAUUGAGGUCUGACAACUGAUUGCAAGUUGAUUGCAAGGGCACUGAAAAAUUAAUCUGUCGUUGAGGUCAGCAUAGGGGGAACUAAAGUACGACGGCAGCGUCCAAUUGGAGACGAUCCGAAAGAUGUAGACAACCGAACAGUCUAUGUGGAACUUCUGCCCAAGAAAGUAACACACGACUGGCUAGAACGAGUGUUUACCAAAUGUGGAAAUGUGGUUUACGUCAGCGUGCCGAGAUACAAAACCACGGGACACUCCAAAGGGUUCGCCUUCGUUGAGUUUGAGACUGAAGAGGAAGCACAGAAAGCCAUAGAGAUGCUGAACAACCCUCCAGAGGACGCCCCCAGGAAACCUGGCAUCUUCCCAAAGACCAAGAACAGGAAGCCUAUCCCCAAUCCACCCUCCCUGAACACCACGCUAGACGAGGAAGAGGAGAAGAAGAGGAAGAGGAGGAAGAAGAAGUCCAGGGGGAGCACCAAAGAGGAUGCCCCGUCACAGGCGGAGACAACAGCCGAGGGUGCAGAGGUUGUAGCACUUGCAGGGGGCACAGAUAAAGCCAAAAAGCUAGAGAAGAAGAGACGGCGGUCCCAGGCAGGGGGGAGCUCAGAGAGUGACGUCCAGGGAGACAUGCCGGCCAAGCUGAGAAGGAUGAGCGAGGGGGAGGAGGGAAAGGUGAAGGAGGAGGACAAGGUGAUGGGGAGUGAUGGGAAAGAUCUGCCUGUCAAGGAGGAGAAGGAGGAAGAGGAGGAGAAGAUGGACGACUCCCUGCUAAAAGCUAAGAGGAAGAGGAAGAAGAAGCACAAGGAGAGGGUGAAGAUUGGUGAAGAGGUCAUUCCUCUCCGGGUUCUCUCCAAGAAAGACUGGCUGAAGCUGAAGGUGGAGUAUCUGACCCUGCAGAAGAGGAGCAUGGGAGCUCUGAAGACGUGCCUGACCAAGUUCCACAACAAGGGGGCAGGAGGAAAAAUGGAGAUGGACACCAGUCUCCAACAGAAACAGACAUCUGAGGAGAGUAAGAAGGCAGGUGAAAAGGAGACUCCCCCCGGGCCUCAGUUUGAGAGUGGCUGCAUCGUCAGGAUCACCCACACCAAACCCUUACCUGGCAGAAAAGUAAUCAAGGACGCUCUCUCUGAGGUGUCCCCAGUGGUGUAUGUGAACACCCUAGAGGGGGACGCCGAGGGUCACGUCCGCUUCAAGACUCCAGUUGAGGCCAAGGCCAUCAUUGACGCUCGCACCGAGCUGCAGAACAAACACAGCUGGCAGCUGGAGAUCCUCUCUGGCGACCAUGAACAAAGGUACUGGCAGAAGAUCCUGGUGGACCGCCAAGCUAAGCUGAACCGGCCCAGAGACAAGAAACGAGGAACAGAGAACCUAAUUUCCAAAGACGAGAAAAUCAUCAUAGCCCGAGCCAAGGAGGCCACUAAGCACAUCCGCUUCAUGGAAGACUGA